AUGGAAGCUUUCAGCACAAUUCUCAGGGCACUUGUUUUAGUCACUGCUGUGUUGGCGGGCAGUUCUGAGCAACAAUACGGAUCAGAUGUUAAAGAGGCAGCAAACUUCGCUGUUGGGUUCCAUAACCACAUGAGUAACUACACAUAUGCCUACAAGGUCAUCGCCAUCCUGUUAAACACAUCUCAGAUUUACCCUCCGGCUCGUGUAAAGUACACCAUGACUGUGCAAGUAGGACAGACCGUUUGCAAGAACGAGCCCACUGCCAAUCUGGCUGACUGUAGUUUACAGAAUGCUGAGGAUCCCAAGACUAUGGCCUGCCACUUUGUUGUGAUGGUUGUCCCACAUUCUGAUGUUCCGAGCUAUCUACUGGAGGAUCAAUGUCACUGA